AUGACUGCUAAUAUUAAAAGUCAAGGCGAAUGGUAUACAACUGAUUAUGGAGCUUUUGGUGUUGUAAUUCGUGCUACAGAUACAGAAACAGGUAAAUAUGUUGCGAUUAAAAAAAUUUUUCAUCCUUUUCGAAGUCAAAUGUAUGCAAAACGAACUUAUCGAAGGCUUAGACUACUUAUGUAUCUUAAUCAUCCUGAUGCACAAGUUGUACAAUUGUACAAUGUGUUUACACCAGAGAAAAAUAUCGAUGAUUUUCAAACAUUAUAUUUUGUACUUAAUUAUGUUGACUAUGAUCUAUUUCGAGUUAUCAAACGUAAUGUGCCGUUUACAGAAGACCAAAUAAAAUAUAUUAUUUAUUCACUUCUUCGUGGCUUAAAGUUCAUUCAUUCAGCUGGUAUCUUUCAUCGUGAGUUGAAGCCAAGUAAUAUUGGAAUGGAUAAAAAUACAAAUAUCACAGUAAGUUAUUGAAUAAUAAACUAUGCUGAGUAAUCAUCUAAGGCAUUAUUUUCUUUUAUUGCACCAUAAGUGUUUUACCUAAAAAUUCACAUUCUCUCCACCACGUGUACUGUUUAUCUCUUAACUUUGUAAUAUUUUGUUUCGUUCUGUAUGUGUUAUUUUCUCUUCGACGGAGAAUAUUUUGUAAUAAUAAAUACACAGUAUGCAAGAACAUAUGCACAAAGAUCUUGAAGAAUAUAACGAAUAUUCAUUUCAAUAUCAACGAAGUACUUGAAUUGUUUUUCCUCGAUCACAAGUUGGGUGCUAAGAUAGUAUGAUUACACCGAUUGAUGUAUGAUUAGAAGAUAUUAUGGACAAAUGAAUAAAAGAUCUUUGUUUGGUGCCGUAUCUCAACUGACGUGAAUGAAAUCCUAAUAUAUUUAGUUGUUCCAUACUCUAACCGAUAUAGAAGAACUUUCUGAUAAGUAGCAAGAGAAAAAUAGUUCUAUACUUUGUUUGAUCUAUUCAUUUUUAGAACUCCUUCUACGGAUAUAUGUAUCACCAUCUGUGCAAAAUUUCUCAUCCAUAACUUAUAUUCUCGAAGAACAACCAACAAUACAAAUAAUCUUUUGUUUCUAAGAUACACAGUUGUGUAUAUCGAUAAAGAUUCAAAAUGACAGAUUAUAAUCAAGAAAAUCUCGCUUCUAAAUACGUUUCCUCAAUUCAAGAUAGAUGAUGGUGUUGUAAAACUAUUUGAUAUUCGUUUUAAAUUUUGUGAGAUAUUAUUAUCUCAUUUCUAUCGAUAUUUAUUCUUUAUCACCACUCUCAUACUUUUCUAAUUUCCAACUUUUGAUACUAACGAGGGAACCGUUCGAAGUGAUUCAAAGCUUUUAAGCCGAUAUUUUGCCGAUAAGUAGAGUCCAAUGAGAUUAGAAAAAGCCCAAAAGGACAAGGGCCCAUGGGCCUUCCUUCUCG